GACUGAGUCUGUAAAAAGAACGUGGCUUUAAAGACUCAAUGCUUUUCUUUACCGUUUGCAUGUAAACGCUCAUUUCCCAAUAAAUAAACACUACAGUCCGAAUUUGACAGAUGUUCAAGAAUUUGUGUUUCGUGAUUCUGUUUGUCUCGAUUGGCUGGGGAGACUGCAUCGGCGGAAGUGAACGUUUCGUUUCAAUCCGGGGCCGUUUCCAGGGAGGAAGGUAUAUUUUUGUUUGCUACAGGUCACUCCACACUGCAAAUUUACAGAUCCCAAUGGCUCUUCCACAGCAGCCAACAACACUGGGCUCAGGUCUGGAGUCCCAGCCACUGGUCGCCACAGUCAGCGGCAACGUCCAGAAAUAUGCCAUGAAGAAAAAGAAAGUUCUGAAUGCAGAGGAGACAGACCUGUUUGAGCUCACACAGGCUGCAGGCAUUGCUAUGGAUCAGGAGGUCUUCAAGAUCAUUGUGGAUCUGUUAAAGAUGAAUGUGGCCCCCCUUGCAGUUUUCCAGAUGCUCAAAGCAAUGUGUGCUGGACAGAGAAUUGCUGACACCUCCACAGGAGAGAGUUCCUCCACUGGGAUACAGAACGCCACGUCGGAGUCCAGAGUAGAAGAAUCAUUUGUCUCUGCCAAGAACAGUAAAAUCCCUGCACCACUCUCCUUUUCCUCUUCCCUUCGGCCUCCAAGACUAACCACUAAGAUGGUGGUCUGCAGUCCUGCUGAUGCUUGCUCGCCUCUCUCUCAAGGUCCCCCUGGUUCCUUCCAGUAUUCUUGCUGCCUGUUCGCACCCUUUACAGCGAGAAACAAGCCAAGCCCUGUUGUGUGUGGCAGCCAGGUCCCAGCAGAGAGGAGUGGGCGUGACGGCUCCAGCCAGCGGGCUCCUCGUCAGCCCAGCGCCUCCAGGCUGCACAAGUCUGGGAAAAGCACAGGCAGCAGCGGCUUGCAGCACAGCUCCAGUUAAUUACAGCACACCGUCCAGCUCUGCGCUGCAACGGUCUGUCCCAUGACUGGCACAAGACAUUUCUAUAGGACAAUACGUCAGCAUUUAAAAAAAAUAAAAACAUAUUAAACAGAGUGUUUAAAAACAAAUCCCUUAGGUCGGUGUUGCCUAGCCAGUUACGUUCAAGUCAGUAUUUUGACAGCAUGUUGUAUAACGGCACAAGGAGAGUUCAAUUAGAUGAAUAAAACAACUGUAACAGGAAAAACAAACUAGCUGUAAAGAGAUUUGUUUUUGCUGGUUGUAAUUCUGUUGCUUCAUAGUUGCACCUCUUGUCAUUAUUCCACACUUCUACACCAGUGAUUCCAGACUGGGGACAGCAACAUAGACAGAAAUAUUGCUAAAAUUACCCAGACACCAGACAAUGCAUUGUUCCCCAGGCCCAGGGAGCAGUUUAUUUAUAUAAAUGCUUCUGUUAUGUUCUUGUGGUUUUUUAUUUUGUUUGUUUGUUUUUCAAAGCAACACAAAGUUGAUGUUAACUCAAUCAUAUAUUUAUAAGCUUUCUUGAGAGGCAGGUGUAGAGGGAAGAUUGACUGAAUACAAGGUACAAGCAAUGUUACAUGUGUGGGUUUCUGUCGGUCUGAAUGCUGGCUUACACCUUGUGACUGGGAUGGCUCUCCCAGUAUAUAGAUGGAUGGGACGGGAGUGUAGAGGAGCAGGAACAAAGCGGCUGAACUAUAAACAACCAGUCCAAUCACUAAUCACGGGCUAUAGUCAGUGAAACGGAGCGAGGCUGUCUUGACACUGUCAAAGAGGUGUGGACUGCUGGACAAACUGGACGCUUGUCUAAAUGAAUAAAUAACUUGUGGAAACGGGACCAUGUUAAACCUUUGUGUUUUUACAUUCAAUGCAUUUUCUUUUACACUUUUAGCAUUUUGUUUGUCUUUUUACAUGGAACGCUGGACAGUUACUUCAAAAUACUGGGAACAUGCAGGAGGCAGUGACUUGUUUAAAGAGCACAAUGUUUAGGGGUUUCUUUGAUUCACAUUAUUGCUCCUUUACAGUUUUGCUUUAUAUUAGUUUGUUAUGUAUACUGGUUUGCAGUUUUCACUUAAUUGUGUUUGUGUGCCACAUUUGUGGGUAUGUGGUUUUGAUAGUUUCAUUGGUUCUUUUGGUCACUGUGGUGGUUACAACUAACUGCCUUUAGGGGUCCCUUGCUGUGUUGUCCCAGAUUUGGUUUUAGGUUUGCUGCCCAGCGUAGCUGCCUUGCAUUUGAGUGUUUGUACAUUUUAUGUUCAUUUUUGCUUAAUAAAGACCCUUGAAUAUUA